CGCAAGCCACCAACCAGCGGCUCCUCCUGGCAGGAGAGUGCGCGCGCGCACGUUGUGCGCAGGUUCGAAUCUCCGCCGUUUCGCGGUUGCUUCUCAACGUCCGGGCAGUAUCUCUGCGGCGGCAAGGGCUGAGCGCGCGAGCUACCUCCCGGCCGGAGCCCCAACCCUAGCCGGUGCACGAGCUGCCCCGCCCCCUUCAGCGUCCUGUCGCCUCCUCGCCCGACUUCGGCCUGUCCCUCCCUCACGCGCUCAGUCCUCGCUCUUCGCCCCCACAGCUAUCGGCGAUCGGUCUCCCGCGCCUGGCGGGCUCCGCCCGAGCCUCUGGGCCCAUGGCCAAGCGGCGUGCGGCCGAGCCGCUGACGUUCCACGUGCCUUGGAAGCGGCUCCUGCUCUGCGACUUCCCUGAGCAGCCGCCGCCGCCACCGCCUCUCUGGAUCCGGCAGCCCGGGGCCGCGCAUCCUGGGCAGCCUUUCGGCGUACCCGAACAGCACCGAAAGCGCAAAAUCGACGCAGGGACCAUGGCAGAGCCCUCGGCAUCGCCCAGCAAGCGCCGCGACAGCGGGGACAACAGCGCCCCGGGCGGCCAGGAGCAAGAGGACCGAGGCCUGGAGACCGGCGAGCCACCGCUGCUGCUGCCGCCGCCGCCGCCGCCGCUGCCUGUAGGGCGGGGGCCAGGGGAGGAGCUCCAGGGCGACCGGCCCCUGAGGGGCGGUGGCGACGACGGGGCGGGGCGCGCAGGGCCCCAGCGGGGAGACUGGGGGGUCGCACCGCGCCAGAUGGAGUUUCGCUCUUGUUACCCAGGCUGGAGUGCAAUGGCGUGAUCUCGGCUCCCCGCAACCUGUGCCUUCUGGGUUCAGGCAAUUCUCCUGCCUCAGCCUCCCGAGUAGCUGGGAUUACAGGCAGGCGCCACAAUGACUAGCUAAUUUUUUGUAUUAUAGUAGAGACGGGGUUUCACCAUGUUGACCAGGAUGGUCUCGAUCUCUUGACCUUGUGAUUCCACCCACCUUGGCUUCCCAAAGUGCUGGGAUUAUAGGCAUGAGCCACUGCGCCAAAGCUUAAUUAUUUAAGGCUCAGCAUUGAAGAUAAUGAACUUCCUGAUGAGACUUUCUUACAGACCUGUGUGUCCAGCACAGUAGCCACUAGCUCACGUGCUAUUGAGCAUUGAUUUUUUUUUUAAUCUUUAGUAAAAUGAUGAUCAGUUUAAGAUUUUCUUGCUAUUCAUCUUGUUUAUAGCCUAAUACUUUUUGGAAGGUUUCAAAAUAUUUUGGCCUAUGUAAAGUAAAUCUCUUAAAACACUGAACCUUAAGAACAAGACCAAAAAUAAAUUAUAAGAAGUGUGUGUAUGUAUUUUUAAAAUAAAUUUUUAUUUUUCUCACUAAAAGAUAAAAAAUUUUAAGACUGUUUUUAGAUAAUUUUCUUUCGGUGAAAAAUGGGAGAAAAUUGUGGAAAAUUCUUUUAAAUUUAAAUACUUGAAAAAUCACAAAUAUUAAAAUGCACAGAUUUUAUUGAGUACAUGAAGUACUUAGAUGAGACUUAAUUAAAAAUGUGUAUUUGUUAAAAAUACAAAAUAGAAGACUACAAAAUCCUAUAUGAGUUUGCUUUUCAAACAAAUCUGUUUUCUGAAAAAAGUUAAUUUUUUCGAAGCUACUUUCAUCUCUCUCUUUUUU